AUGGCGGUAAACAGGAUUAAAGGGGCCUUCCAGGUACCCAGAAAAGGCGAAACCUUUGAGCUGAGAGCUGGGUUGGUAUCUCAGUAUGCCUAUGAGCGCAAGGAGGCGAUCCAAAAGACCAUCAUGUCCAUGACCUUGGGCAAGGAUGUGUCUGCUCUCUUUCCGGACGUGCUGAAGAAUAUUGCCACGGGAGAUUUGGACCAGAAGAAGCUGGUCUAUUUGUACCUAAUGAAUUAUGCCAAAUCACAUCCAGAUCUGUGUAUUCUAGCGGUCAAUACCUUCGUUCAAGACUCCGAAGAUCCAAACCCGCUAGUAAGAGCCCUCGCAAUACGGACGAUGGGCUGUAUUAGGGUGGACAAGAUGGUGGAUUACAUGGAGGAGCCGUUACGGAAGACAUUACGAGACGAAUCGCCGUACGUGCGCAAGACGGCUGCGAUAUGUGUUGCAAAACUCUUCGACUUGAAUCCAGCCAUGUGUCUUGAGAAUGGGUUUCUGGAAACAUUGCAGGAGCUGAUUGGGGACCCUAACCCGAUGGUGGUGGCAAACUCUGUGACCGCACUGGUAGAGAUAAAUGAAGCCGCUCCGGAAACGAAAGCGUUGCGUGUGACAUCUACGACAUUAAAAAAGAUGUUGAUGGCGCUGAAUGAGUGCACGGAAUGGGGUCGGGUGACAAUUUUGACGACUUUGGCCGAUUAUAAGGCACAAGAUAUGAAGGAAUCGGAACAUAUCUGCGAGAGAGUGUCUCCUCAAUUCCAACAUGUCAAUCCUAGUGUGGUUCUGGCAGCUGUUAAGGUCGUAUUUCUACAUAUGAAGUUCGUCAAUCAGGAGCUCAGGAAACAGUACUUGAAGAAAAUGGCUCCUCCUCUAGUGACGCUUGUUGCAUCGGCUCCGGAGGUGCAAUAUGUUGCGUUACGAAACAUCGAUUUAUUACUUCAGGCCAAUCCAGAUAUUCUAAGCAAAGAGCUCCGAGUAUUUUUCUGCAAGUACAACGACCCUCCAUACGUCAAACUCCAGAAGCUAGAGAUCAUGGUCCGGAUAGCAAAUGACAAAAAUGUCGAUCAGCUUCUGGCCGAACUAAAGGAGUAUGCCUUGGAAGUCGACAUGGACUUUGUCCGAAGAGCAGUCAAGGCUAUUGGACAAGCAGCAAUCAAGAUUGAGAGUGCCAGCGAGAAGUGUGUCAAUACGCUUCUUGAUCUCAUUGCUACAAAAGUCAACUACGUUGUGCAAGAGGCUAUUGUGGUUAUCAAGGACAUCUUCCGGAAAUACCCCGGUUAUGAAGGCAUCAUACCAACUCUCUGCAAAUAUAUCGACGAAUUAGACGAGCCAGAGGCAAGGGGCGCUCUUAUCUGGAUUGUUGGUGAGUAUGCAGAGAAGAUCAACAAUGCUGAUGAGAUCCUCGCGGGAUUUGUGGAAGGGUUUAUGGAAGAAUUUACGCAAGUUCAGCUGCAGAUUCUAACUGCGGUUGUCAAGCUGUUCCUGAAGAAGCCGGACAACAACCAAGGAUUGGUGCAAACAGUUCUACAGUCCGCAACUGCCGAGAACGACAACCCAGAUAUCAGAGAUCGAGCAUACGUCUAUUGGCGACUACUAUCAGGUGACUUGCAAGUGGCCAAGAACAUCAUUCUCUCCGAUAAGCCUCCUAUCACUACAACAAUGUCCUCUCUCCCACCUGCACUUUUAGAGCAACUACUUACCGAACUCUCAACUCUUGCAUCCGUUUACCACAAACCACCCGAGACAUUCGUUGGUCAUGGCCGCUAUGGGGCGGACGCCAUCCAACACGCUGCUAUUCAAGAACAACGUGAAAACGCUGUGGAGAACCCAAUCGCGGCUGCUAUCGUUACCGCUCCAAAUGGCGCUCAAAACAACGCCGAGAAUCUCCUGGAUAUCGAUUUUGAUGGCGCCGCACCUGCGUCAGCUGAGGCUCCUCCUACAGGUGGGGCAUCAGGCUUAGAAGGACUGGCCGGUACUCCACAGAGAAUAGCAAGCCCACAAGCUAGUGGUGCCCCCCAAAGUAGCAUGGAUGACAUGAUGGGUCUAUUUGACGUGGGUGGUGACGCCCCUCCCGCAGCGGCGGGGGCUGCCCAGAACGACAUAAUGAAUGGAUUUGCGGGACUAGAUCUUGGUGGUACGACAAGUCCUCCUCCGCCCCAGUCACAGCCGCAUGGAGACCAGGGUAAAAAGACGAAUGAGGAUUUGUUGGGUAUGUUCUAG